UAAACCCUAAUUUUGAUUUGUUACUGUUCUCUUAUAAAAAAGGGAUUUGAAAAUGGAAUCCAAAGUCUGACAUUUAUUUCUAUAGAGAAGAUGAGUUGUUCUUAUCUCUUCUCCGGCAAUACUUUCUCCUCCGUUGAGUGGCGGAGAGAUGCUUCUCUCCGGCGGCGAGCCUAUCUCCCGUAUCCGGCGGCGAUUCUCCGGCAGCAGCCUUACUCGCUCUCUCGAUCCGCCGGAAUAUUCGCCGCAGCAAACGAAAGUGUUGAUAAACCAUCGGUUGAGAUGAGGAACUGCUUUCCUCCUCUUUUCACCGGAGACAACGGUAACAAUGGCAGCGGACGCAACGGUGGCGGCGAAGGUGGUGGUUGGUGGUGGCGUAACAGCGACGGCGAGAAUUCCGAUGAUUCUUCGUUGCGAUUCUUCUUCUUUGUUUCCUUGGUUUUGUCUUGCCUCUUCUUCAAUUUCCAGUUAUCAGCGACCACCGCCAUAGCCAGAGCUCCGGUGACGGAUAACGACGGAGCGACCGAGAAAGAGACGGUUUGGGAAGUGAAAGGAAGCAAAUGGAAGCAACUCGCUCCGGAUUUCGUCAGAGAUGAGUUCGUCUCUGCAUCAUCAUCCUUCGAAUUAUCAUCUUCUCUGUCUCCCCAAAAUCUCCUGACGCUAUGCAAAAAUCUUCUGAUUCAGUUCCUUCUUCCCGAAGGUUUCCCAAACAGCGUCACCUCCGAUUACUUGGACUAUUCUCUCUGGCGAGGCGUUCAGGGCAUUGCGAGCCAAAUCAGCGGCAUUCUCGCCACUCAGUCUUUGCUUUAUGCAGUUGGAUUGGGGAAAGGAACGAUUCCCACGGCUGCAGCCAUCAAUUGGGUGCUUAAAGAUGGAAUUGGGUAUCUCAGUAAGAUAAUGUUGUCCAAAUACGGCCGCCAUUUCGAUGUUCAUCCCAAGGGAUGGCGGUUAUUUGCCGAUCUUCUCGAAAAUGCUGCUUUCGGGUUGGAGAUGCUGACUCCGGUCUUUCCUCAGUUGUUCGUCGUGAUCGGUGCUGCUGCUGGUGCAGGCCGGUCUGCUGCUGCAUUGAUUCAGGCUGCUACAAGGAGUUGCUUUUAUGCUGGUUUUGCUUCUCAAAGAAACUUUGCCGAGGUGAUUGCUAAGGGAGAAGCUCAAGGAAUGGUGAGCAAGUCGAUUGGCAUGCUGUUCGGUAUAGCGCUUGCCAAUUACGUUGGGACCUCCGCAAGUCUCGCGCUCGUUUCAUUCAGUGUCGUGACAUGGAUUCAUAUGUAUACCAAUCUUAAAUCCUACCAAUGCAUCCAGCUCAGGACUCUAAACCCAUAUCGUGCAAGUUUGGUUUUCAGCGAGUAUCUCAUCAGCGGCCAAGCCCCUCUGAUCAAAGAUGUCAAUAACGAGGAACCCCUCUUCCCGGCUGACAGGUUCCUUAACAUAAAAUCUCCAGACAAGAUUCAAGAGCCAUUGUUAUCAUCAGAUGCAAAAGCUGCGGCCGCAGAUAUUGAACAACGGCUUUUGUUGGGAUCAAAGCUCAGUGAUGUAAUCCACAACAAGGAAGAAGCUAUCGCACUAUUUGAGCUGUAUCAUGACGAAGGCUACAUUCUAACAGAACACAAAGGGAGAUUCUGUGUGAUGCUAAAGGAGAGCUCGACGCCAAAAGACAUGUUGAAGUCGUUGUUUCAAGUGAACUAUCUCUACUGGUUGGAGAAGCAAGCGGGAAUGGAAGCUACAGGUACGGAUGCAGAGUGCAGACCAGGUGGCCGGCUUCACUCGUCUUUAGAUUAUGUAAGAAGAGAGUUCGAACAUGUCAGAACCGACAGCGAAUCUGUUGGUUGGGUCACUGACGGCCUCAUUGCUCGACCUCUUCCCAACAGAAUCCGACCAGGUCACUUUUCUCCUUCAUCAAAUUCAUAAAUAUAUAAAAAAUGCUUGAAGUUUCUUGGGGUUUUACUUAUCUGUGAAAUUUCCCAAAAAAAAAAAAGUUUCUUUUCUGCCUUGUAUUUUUAGAUUCUAUAUGUAGUUAAUUUUCCUUUUUUUUUAAUUAUGUUGUUUCUAGACAUUAGUUUCCAAUCUCCACAAUGCAUGUCUUACGAAUUUA